AUGGCUACGGGCUGUAAACUACCACAGUUUCCCUGGCCACUGGUGCUGGCUGCCCGGCUGCCCUAGGGUCAUGGACUCCCCGAAGCCGCAGUGCCCCAGCUUCGCGACCACGUUGAGAGCACACUUGCGACCUUUAGGAGCGAUCGUAGAUGAUUCCUUCCUCACAGAAGCCAAGAAUACUCAGAAACGCAAGCUUUCUCAGAAACGGAAGACGCUGCUGAUCAGAGGGAGAAGAUUCGGGCUCUGGAGCCCCUGAAGGCGAAGCUUGUCACUGUGAAUGAGGACUGCAACGAGAGGAUCCUGGCCAUGAGAGCUAAGGAGAGAGAUGAAAUCUCCAUGCUGAAGAAAGAGAAGAUGAAUUUGCUAAAACUCAUUGAUAAGAAGAAUGAGAAGAUCUCAUUGCAGAGUGAGGUGACCAAACUGAGGAAGAACUUGGCUGAGGAGUAUCUGCACUACCUCAGCGAGCAAGAUGCCCGUAAGAUCCUUAUUGCAGACCUGAAUGAGCUACGGUACCAGCGGGAAGACAUGUCACUAGCCCAGUCCCCAGGUGUCUGGGAGGAGGACCCUGUGAAGUUAACAGUGGUUCUGAAGAUGGCCCGGCAAGUGACCCACAGGCAGAUGGAACUCAACACCAUGAAGGCCAACUUUGGAGACGUGGUGCCCAGAAGGGACUUUGAAAUGCAGGAGAAGACCCUCAAGGAUCUGCAGGAGCAGGAGAUCCAGCGCACGGCCAUACCGCGGCCAGACUGGUCCAAGUGUGAAGAUGUGGUGGCUGGAGGACGAGAUCGCUGGCAAAUGCUGGCCGAGGGCAAGAACAGCGACCAGCUGGUGAACGUGCUCCUGGAGAUUGGCGAGGGGCUGCUCCAGGAGAAAGACUUCUUCCCUGGUCUGAUAAGCUGACAUGGUUCCAUACGGGGUUAUGGGGAAUCCAUCCCCCCUUUCCUUCGGUUUGAUGGUGUCAUGCAGAACAAGAAGCCAACCAAGAAGGAUGUGGUAAACCUCCUCAAGGAUGCCUGGAAGGAACGUAUCACUGAGGAGCAGUUCCCAGAUUUCUUCUUCAAUUUCCUGGAGCGUCGCUUUGGGCCUGGUGAUGCCAUGGCCUGGGCUUACACCAUUUUUUAAUAUACCAAGCUCUUCCACUCCAAUGAGGUCAUGAGUCAGUUCUAUGCAAUCUUGAUGGGAAAGAGGAAAGAGAGUGUGUACAUCAAGCAGAAGGAGACAAUAGCACAGCUGCUGAAGGAGAUGACCAGUGCUGACAGCCAGAACGAGGGGCUACUAACCAUGGAGCAGUUAAGCACUGCCCUCAAGAGUACCUUCCCCUUCAAGAAGGACGAGAGAAUUCAGGAGCUGAUGGAGGCAGGGGGCUGGCAUCCCAGCAGCAGCAAUGCAGACUUGCUCAACUACUGCGUAUUAUUUAUGGAGGACAAGGAGGGCCAGAGCGUGCCCUUUGUACAAAAGCUGUGGGAACAGUACAUGGAUGAAAAGGAUGAAUACUUACAGGAGUUAAAGCAGGAGCUGGACCUGGAACUCCACGAUGAGGUGACCCUACCCAAGGUACGUGAGGCCUUGAUGAACACUGAUCCCAGCCUGGACAAGCAGACCCUAAACAGCUAUUUGAGCCAGGCCUUCCAGCUCCCUAUGACAGAACUGCCAGAAGAGGGCGAGGAAAAGGAAGAAGGCAUUGUGAUAAGGCUCCAGGCUGCACUGGAACAGCUUCAGAUGAGUGAUGUUAGGCGUAUGGGGCCCUGAGAGCAGGAACCUGCAAGCUGA